AUGGAAAGGAUGCUACCAGAAACAUCAGUAUCUAUAAAGCUGAGACCUGAAGCUAAAGCCCUGGUAGCGUCACUCGGAUCAUCAUUUUCUGAAUUUUCCGUUGAAGGUGAUUCCCAGGGCAAAGGUCUCAAAGGUCCUCCUUUCACUUGGUCUAAUAACAGAUCAAAUGAUUCUCUAGUUAUGGAGAAGCUUGAUAGAGCUGUGGCUAACUCCAAGUGGAGAGUCAUUUUUGAGGAUUCCAUUGCUAGAAACUUAAUCAUCAGAGCUUCUGAUCACAGCCUGAUUGUUCUUGAUACCUUUCCUCCCAAAUUCAGGAUUUGUCGAAAGCUUAGGGUUGUCCAACAUAAUCUAAAAUCCUGGAAUACAUCUGAAUUUGGUUAUGUCGAAGAUUAUAUUAGGAAGCUAAAAUCUGAGCUUGAGCUCCUUCAAAGCAAUCCUCAUGAUCCCCCUACUUUUGAGAAAGGCCAUCCACUGCUAAGUGAAUUAGAUCUAAACCUUAAGAGGGAAGAAAUUAAAUGGAAUCAACGUGCUAAAGUGGACUGA